AUGGUGGAAAUGGAGCUGAGGUUGUGUGUUGUGUGCUCGAUGGACAUGACGUUGUGGUGUGUGACAGAUCGUGAAAAGCAUCUGAAUGUGUGUCUUGAUAAUACGACGACGGAGGAGAAGCGUUAUAACUGUCCCACGUGCAGCCAAGAGCUCACACACUUUGACGAACGUCGACGUUUGGAGCAUGUGAAUCUCUGUCUUGACAGAGAAGAGGCGGUCCAGAGCGAUAUUACUCAAGUUUAUGAAGAAGAGGAAGAGAUGGAACUACUACAGACGCAGGUUGUACAACAGACGCAAGUGCAGGAGGAGGAAGAGGAGGUUGAAGACUGCGUGGACGACUGCAGCUACGUGUGCAAGAUUUGUGGCGUCGAUCUGUCAGAAAUUGAUCUAAUAAGACGCAUUGGCCAUGUGAAAUUGUGCGGUCAAAAGUUUGGUGUGAGAGCUGCUGAUAUGGGUGAAGUGGAGAAAGCCGAGACGAUUGCGUUGAGGCUGGAAGAGAAGAGAGCACCGGACGCGUUUGCCAUUAUGAUGAAUUCUUCGUUGACAGGAGAAAUGAAGACUCAAAUUGCUGGGCUUGAGAGGUCGAACGUUUUCAAUGUUUUGAUGCGAGGCUCGAAAACAGCAGCUGUUCUUAAUGCUAGGAAACAUCCCGUUCCUUUCAAGUUCACACGCAGAGCAAUCAAACGACGACGCCUUUUGUAUCCCGACUAUAAGUGUAUCCGUGGAACGGAUCCACCGUUCAUAGUGGAUGGGUUUCAGUACGCCUGCAAAGAGAAUUCAAGCAUUUACUUCCUCACGCACUUCCAUUCUGAUCACUAUGGUGGGAUCACCAAGGACUUUGACUGCGGCAUCAUCUACUGUAAUGAAAUUACAGCCAAGCUUGUCGUCCAAGAGCUAGGUGUCCACAGCAAAUACGUCCACCCGGUGGGGAUGAACAUACCUGUGUUUGUCGGUGACGUGCAAGUUACUUUUAUGGACGCAAACCAUUGCCCUGGUUCAGCCAUCAUUCUAUUCCGCUUAAAAGAUGGGAAAACGUAUCUACACACUGGAGAUUUUCGGUUUCAUAGGAAAAUGCUGGGCUACCCCGCGCUACAACCACAUAUUCCGACCGGAAAUGAAACAAUUGAUCAUAAUGGUAAAAUUGUUGGCAUCAACCGUUUGGACGGAGUGUAUCUGGACACGACCUACUGCAAUCCCAAGUACACAUUUCCGACCCAGCAAGUUGCCGUCGAUCACGCGCUCGAACUUAUGAACAAGCACUUGACGCAAGAGAAAGUGUUGUUUCUUUUUGGAUCGUACACAAUUGGCAAAGAGCGCUUGUACAUGGAGAUCGCACGCAAGUUUCAAAAGAAAGUUUGUGUCUCAAAAGCGAAGUUAAGAAUUAUUGAGACCUUUGGUUGGCCUACCAAGGAGAUGCAGCUUUUGACAACAGAAUCGUCAGCAACCGAUGUGCACGUCGUACGCAUGCAGGAUCUCCAAAUGGACAACCUCAUAGUGCUGCUGGCGAAGUAUCGUCUACGUUUUCGCCAGAUCGUUGCAUUUCGUCCCACAGGAUGGACUUUCAGUAGCAAGAAUCCGCGAAAAAUUUCUACUUGCUGCACUGAUCCUUCGGGCAAGAUCCACGUCUACGGCAUUCCGUACAGCGAGCACUCGAGUUUUGCUGAGCUCUGCGAUUUCGUCAAAGUCGUGAAUCCUCACGCAAUCAUUCCAACGGUAAACUGCAGCAACAAGAGAAGUGCGACAAAGCAGGUCAAUGCGUUGCGCCAGGUUGCGUUUUACAACAUUUCGGUGCUUUUCAAGCAACAGCAACAACAGAUAAAGCAACAGCUAAAGGAUUUAAAGCAAGAGCAAAAGCAGUUCGAUUUCGCGAGCACUGACAGCAACAGCAAUCUUUCUGAUCAGCAUACAAGGAAUGUCAACUAG